AUGAUGAACAUCAAGGCUUUCAGACUGGUCUCCGCCAUCGAGCGGGAGCUCCUGAUGGGUGACAAAGAUCACAUCAAUAUUGAAUGCAUUGAGUGCUGUGGAAAGAACCUUUAUGUCGGUACCAAUGAUUGUUUCAUUUACCAUUUCCUAUUAGAGGAAAAGAUGUCACCAACUGGAAAGGUCGCUUUCUCUGCGACAAAGCAGAGACACAAAUAUCUGGCUUUCAAGAAACCAGUGAAUGAAUUGAAAGCAGCAUCAGCCCUCAAUAGGCUCUUGGUGCUUUGUGACAAUACCAUUGCAUUGGUUAACAUGAUGAACCUCGAACCCAUCCCUUCAGGUGCUCGAAUAAAAGGGGCAGUGACUUUUGCUUUAAAUGAGAAUCCUGUGAGUGGGGACCCCUUUUGUGUAGAGGUUUGCAUCAUUUCAGUCAAACGUAGGACCAUUCAGAUGUAUUUGGUCUAUGAAGACCGAGUCCAAAUUGUAAAAGAAGUGUCAACCCCGGAGCAACCAUUUGCUGUGGCUGUGGAUGGCCACUUUUUAUGCCUGGCACUUACUACUCAGUACAUCAUAUUGAAUUAUAACACAGGGGCCUCCCAGGAUCUGUUCCCAUAUUGCAGUGAAGAAAGACAGCCAAUUGUGAAGAGGAUAGGGAGGCAAGAAUUUCUGCUGGCUGGGCCUGGAGGACUGGGCAUGUUUGCAACAGUUGAUGGGAUAUCUCAGCGUGCCCCUGUGCAUUGGUCAGAGAAUGUGAUUGGUGCAGCCAUUUGCUUUCCAUAUGUAAUAGCUCUAGAUGAUGAAUUCAUUACAGUGCAUAGCAUGUUGGAUCAACAGCGAAAACAGACACUACCUUUUAAGGAAGGCCACAUUUUACAGGACUUUGAAGGUAGAGUGAUUGUAGCUACCAGUAAAGGAGUAUAUAUCUUGGUUCCUUUACCCCUUGAAAGACAAAUUCAGGAUCUCCUUGCAAGUCAAAGAGUGGAAGAAGCUUUAGUUUUAGCAAAAGGAGCACGAAGGAACAUUCCAAAAGAAAAAUUUCAGGUAAUGUACAGAAGAAUUCUGCAGCAGGCGGGUUUUAUACAGUUUGCACAGCUUCAGUUCCUAGAAGCUAAAGAACUCUUCAGAAGCGGCCAGCUUGAUGUCCGGGAGCUGAUAUCUCUGUAUCCCUUCCUGUUGCCUACUACUUCUUCAUUCACACGAUCUCACCCCCCUCUGCACGAGUAUGCAGACCUGAACCAGCUAACCCAAGGGGACCAGGAGAAGAUGACCAAAUGCAAAAGAUUUCUUAUGAGCUACUUAAAUGAGGUCCGUAGCACAGAAGUGGCUAAUGGUUAUAAAGAAGAUAUUGAUACUGCGUUGCUCAAAUUGUAUGCAGAAGCAGAUCAUGAAAGCUUGCUGGACCUUCUAGUCACAGAGAACUUCUGCCUUUUAACAGACAGUGUGGCGUGGCUCGAGAAACACAAAAAGUAUUUUGCACUUGGACUCCUUUAUCAUUAUAAUGGUCAAGAUGCUGCCGCAGUGCAGUUAUGGGUGAACAUUGUGAACGGAGAAAUUCAUGACUCUACUCGGUCAGACCUUUAUGAAUAUAUUGUUGAUUUUCUAACCUACUGCUUAGACCAAGAACUAGUAUGGAAAUAUGCUGAGUGGGUAUUGCAGAAAAGUGAAGAGGUUGGAGUUCAGAUUUUUACCAAGAGACCUUUGGAAGAGGAGCAAAAAAAUAACUUUAACCCAGAUGAUAUCAUCAACUGCCUUAAAAAAUAUCCUAAGUCUAUUAUUAAGUACCUGGAACAUCUAGUCGUGGACAGGAGAGUGCAAAAAGAAGAGUAUCACACCCACUUAGCCAUCCUCUAUCUAGAGAAAGUGCUUCAGCAGAAGCCCAGUGCAAAUGGUAACUGUGCUGAAGUGACUGAAACUCAGGCAAAGCUACGGAGUCUCCUUCAAAAAUCUGAUCUCUACAAAGUCCACUGUCUGAUAGAUAAAAUCCAGGGGACCAGCCUCCACAUGGAGAGCGCCAUAUUACACGGGAAGCUGGAGGAGCACGACAAGGCCCUUCACAUCCUGGUGCAUGAGCUGAAGGACUUCUCGGCGGCCCGGGACUACUGCCUAUGGAGCUCGCAGGGGAGGGACGCUCCAUACCGCCGGCGCCUCUUUCACAUGCUGCUCUCCAUCUACCUAGAGCCGGGGCCUCCCGCCUGUGACCUGGCGCUGGCCGCCGUGGACCUCCUGAACCUCCACGCGGCCGAGUUCGACGCGGCUCGGGUGCUGGAGCUGGUUCCAGACGGCUGGUCCGUUCAGCUCCUGGCCCCCUUCCUCACCAGGGCGCUGAGGGAAAGCCUCCACACCAGGAGGAUGACGCAGGCCGCGCUGGGCUUGGCCAGCGCCGAGAACUUACUCUACAAGCAUGACAAGAUAAAAUUAAAAGGAAGCCCAGUGCGGCUAUCAGACAAAAAGCUUUGCCAGAUGUGCCAGAGUCCCUUUUGUGAGCCUGCGUUCGUCAGGUAUCCGAACGGUGGUGUGGUCCACACUCAUUGUGCUGCGAGCAGACACACGAACCCUAAUUCAUCUAGCCCCGGCAAUCGGACUUGAAAAAGGCACAUUUGCACUUGCAAACACUUCUUCCUUUACAAAAUGGGCUGGAUAAAAAGACCAGAGUACAACUGCUCUUGACAUCAAUCAAGAUGAAGGGAUUAUACCCUGGGUGCUGGGAAGAUUUCUGUCGAUGUGAAACAUGAACAUUGAAUUGCUGAUCUUUUUUUUAUGAAUGUAAAUGGAAAAUACCUUAUCAAAGAUAGGGACAUUCAAGAGUGAACUUGUCCUUGUACAUAGUAAUUGAAAACAAAUGUCUACUUUCUUCUGAAAGAAAAAUGAGCCUUUCUUUUGUCAUCAAGGCAAAUCGUGGGGGAAGAAGCCAGGACUGACAAAAUUCCUUUCUUUCUUUUGAGGAACAUAAAUUUGCACUGAAAUAUUUUGCUAUAAUGUGACAUGGUGAUGAAGAUGUCGUCUUCUUUUUUUUUUUUUAAUCCAAGGAAGUGGUCAAUGUUUAGAGAUCUUAUUGAAUAGAGGGGCUCACAUUGUGCCACUCACUCUCAAAAUCCAGCAUUAAUCAGGGUCGAUAUAGCACAUCCAGGUUUGGGGUCUACAUCCAGUUUUUCAGGAAUAGAUCAUGAACUAUACUUUUGCUUUCAAAUUGCUGGCUUUGGGGAGCCACCUUUGUGGUAUUACUAUUCCCCCUUUCCCAGCCUGUUCUUUUGGUUGGCCAGAUUUCCACUAAGCAGUGGCCUUUGGGUUUUAUUUUGUUUUUCUGCUCAAUGGAAUGUGAUUAAUCCAUUGGAAAUGGAUAGCCUCCUCUGGUUUAAAAAAACAAAAACUAACAACCUACCUUCAGAACUUUUAAGACAGUCGCAGUAAUCAAAUCAGUCGACCUGCUUAGUGGUCAAGUUCCCAUUCCUACAUCCUAUAAAAAUGUUUUUCCUCCUGCCUGUAUGAAAUUCUACAACUAACAUAUUGGACUAGAAGAUUUUAUUUUUAACUUAAAUCAUAUUCACAUUGACUUUCUCGUUUGCCCCUAAAUCCAUCUGAUUUACUUAUGAUUGUUUUUUUUUUCUUCAUUAACAAUUUACCUCUUAUCCAGAACUUGGAUCAUUAAAAGGGAAUCACUCAGUGGGGACAAAUGGAAUGAUGUCUUCAUGAGAUGCCUAUUUUGACCUCAUGUAUUUGAACAAGUGGUUCAGGAAAGCUGCCUUUGCACAGAUGAUGGAGAAAUAACCUUCCCUGAUGAGUGCUUUGUUCACUACUACAAGGAAAAAAAAACCAUAAGGCAGUCUUGCCUCCUGAUAUCUUGAUACUUUUUUAACGUUUAUUAAUAAAACGUGAAAAUGCUUCUCAUUCUCAAAAGAUUUGGAAUUCAUGUUGUGUUUUUGGCAUAAUCAUCUAAAGCCACUAUUAUUGCAUUCUCCUUUUUUUUAGAUUUUUGCUGGGACACAGAUUUGUGGUUGUAGUUUUAGUCAGAACUGGCAUUCAAGAAAACCACCCACCAAUGUAGCUGUUACUUUCCAAAUGCAAGCACUAUUUUGCUACCUGUGAUACUUAAUGAUACUAAAUGGUGCCCUCCACUACCAUUCAUCCACUAUAGACUUGGAAGGUUUGGUGUUCAACCCAUUCCUAGUUCCAUUACAAAUGUUUCCUGUCCUAAGUGUAAUCAGCUAUUCCCUUUUCCUUUUCCUAAUACCAAGUGGGUCAAAAACUAAAUAUCACUACAUUAUUUGGGGGGCAGGGAGAAUGGUACCAUUCUCUCAACUCACUGUGGUUCUGUUAUCUGAAGAAUAAAUUAUUAAGAAAUUAUGCUCUGUAGCUGGACUAUAUCGGAUGAAAAUUAACUUGUGAUUAAUUCAGAACCUGCUCGUGAAUUUUGCACAGCUGAUGACUCUACUGCUUAUAGAAUGAUUCUAUUAUUGCACAUGUUGUAAUUACAACUUGUGAGUCUGAAUUUAUGCUCCUUGGAGAAUGGACACAAGGAUGCGGAACACCUCACUCCCUCCAUAGGAUGCACAGAAGUUUGGAGAAGUCUUGGUGAGACUAUUAUCUUCUUUUCACCCAACAAAUAUUAGUUCUGUGAAACUGACUUUAAACAUACCUUAGACAGACAGGAAGCAGAUUUGAACAUUCUCCAUUUCUACCCUAUUGGGGUUUUGGCACAAACAAUGGUCUGUCUCAUGCAGAUUUAUCUUAAAGUUUGGAAUUGUGUCCUUUUUUUCUGUGCCCUCAGAAGUCCUUUUUCUUAAUGACUUUUUUGUUUUUAAAAAGGUCCUUCCAAAUAGGGCGUCUUCUAUUUUGUAAUCAUGCUGCUGGAUAGAAAAAUUUAAAUUUUGUUCACUCAUUCUUGCCAUUAGAUUCUGCAUAACUCUUUGGUUCAUUCAGCAUGAUCUAAACUGUUUACAUUAAUACUACAUGGGCAAUAAUGUGCUAUUUUAAUGAACUACUUCUCUGCUAUUGCCUAUAAAGUAUUAAUGUUUAUAAAAGGUGUAUUGUUUGCAGUAGAGAAUGUCAUCUGAACUUCAAGUGAAAAAGUUGAUGUCCGUGAAAAUAAUGAAACAUGCUGCUACUUGAAAAUGGGAUGGGGAGGUGGGCAGGCAUAGUUUGUUAGCUGUGGUUUGCGACCAAGUUAAUGCCUGUAAUCCAACAAAGAGAUCACCUACUUUUCUGCUUGUGCUCUGCAGGAAACCUUUAUCCUCGCUACUCAGUUUUUUGACUUCUGAUUAUGUCAGCACACAGGGCCAGAAAUACACAAAAUGUACAAAUGUAAACAUGGAUUUUAUUAAAAUUCUUCUAAUUCUU